UAGUUCAUGCUAACAAGCGACCAUUGCAAUAAAGGAAGUGAUUGAUUCAUUUUACCAAUUAUUCAGUUGAGACCUAUUUUGAGAUAUAUUUUAUAACACGGUAGAAGAACUAAACAAAAUCAGUGCAAAGCAAUGAAGCUAUGCAAUGCCGAGAACAUUGACAAAGUGUAAACUCAUCUUGUCCAAAUAGUCAGCUGUUAAUACAAACAUGGCUGCCAAAUUGUACAGUCAUAAACUAUCAAAGUCCAAAUACAAAAAUUGGAUUAAGGCUGGAUUGGGUGUUUUAUAUACUAAAGAAGGUAUUGAACCUUUCGUUUAUGAUGAAAUAGAACAGUUCCAGCAGAAAUGUUUGAGCGAUAUAUGCAACAGCAAUGGACUUCCUGCUGGUACAAAAUGUUCUAGUUGUUGUACAGAAAAUGUUGUUGUUUGUCCUACAGAUAGGAUUUGUAAUGUAGGGCGUGGAAAAUGCAGCUUCCACAGAAAUACUGCUACGCAGUAUCUCCGGUCUGGUUGUCCGAAAAAGAUAUGUCAUAAUUUUAAAAGCGAAAUCCAAAAGGCUCAUCGAUUCCACGGUCCGUCCUUUAAAAAUACUGAUGCCACCCACUGGUGCAAGAAUCCAUGGGAAGUUGCUAAAUGUUUUAUGCCACCAGACGGUUACAAGGAUGCGACGAGUGCAACAGAUACAGAUUUAAAUGGUAUCAACAGUGUUAUCAUCAACCUUAAAGCCUUUCAGUUAAAAAUUCAAGAUGACCUUAGCAAGAAAAACAAUAUUGUUGAAAAGGCUAGACAGGUAGGCAAUGCUGUUCGACAUUCCUCUUAUUUAGGGGUUGAAGAUGGAGAUCUACAACAGUACUUUAGCACCUUACAGAGUCUUUUGUCAGAUCCAAAAUGUUUGGCUGGUCAAACAUAUUCCCGGAAUGCUGUAAAGAAAUUAUCAGAGCUUGAAGAUGAAACCUUAGUCAUUGGUAUACACGAUAUCAGGAAACUGCUGGAUGAUGUUUUUAAUGCAGCUCAGGGCGAACUAAGGAUAGAAAAGGAUGAAAACAAGAAGGAAGCUGGUAAACAGAAGUUAGAACUAAUCAGAAUCACGAUGAAGUCUAUAAGAGAUUUUGAAAAACAAGAAAAAAUGUCAAUGUCUGACCUCGAAAAAAUACUACAAUCUGCAGUUGAUGAAAUAGAAAAACAAACAAAGACAACAAUUAGAAAGAAACAAUCAACCAAAAUGGAACACCAACAUAAAGCUAAAGACUUAGAUGCCAUUCCUUCAGAUGUUGAAUUAGAUAAGAUUGGACAGGCUAUAGGACGCAAUUGGGAGUUACUUGGACCUCAUCUUGGACUUGCUACAACGAUGAUAGACCGUAUAAAAAUGGACUAUCAUACUUCGUCAACACGGAUAUAUCGUAUGCUAUUUAUCUGGAGACAAGAUAAAGGAGAAAAUGCCACAAAACGAAAUCUGAUCACAGCUUUUGGAAAACAACCGUCCGUAAACAUUGACUGGAAUUCACUCGGACGAUCAUUUCCUGAUGCUCUAAAACUCAAGCCAAGAGAUACACGACAAUCAUUCUUUGAUGCUCCAAAACACAAGCCAAGUCUAAAAAGACAACCGUUCCCUACUGCUCCAAAAUACAAGCCAAGAGAAAACAAAGGUGCAGAUAAAAACCCUGGGUUGAAGGCAGAAGAACAAGCAUAUAAUCGACGUAAAGAAGCUGGAUUUCCAUUCAGCAGUAGGUUUGGUCUGACAGUUGACUACACAGAUUGUGUAUUGCUUGAUUUAGCUGGAUUACCAUUCAGCAGUAGGUUUGAUCUAAUAGUUGACAGCAUAGAUUGUGUAUUGCUUGAUUCAGCUGAAUUUCCAUACAGCAGUAGGUUUGGUCUGACAGUUGACUGCACAGAUUGUGUAUUGCUUGAAUCAAUUGGAUAUCCAUUCAGCAGUAGGUUUGAGUGCAUAGAUUGUGUCUAG